GUCACAAUCGCAUACGAUGAAGUACCCUUCAUCAUAUGCAUAUGUUUCCUGGAAAAUAUAUUUGGUCUGCUGCUUUAGCUGUGUUCAGUAUUUUGCUUGAAUGAGUUUUUUUAAAUGUCAUAGUAGUAUUGCACAUGAUAGUAACCUGGUCUGACACGCCCUCUUGGCUCUGUUUAAAUGUAGAAAUCAUGCCAAACAUGUUUAGUACAAGAACUUAGUCCGAGUUGUUUCCUGGCUGAUCGCUGAUGUGCUUGUGGUUGAAGAGGGUUAGCCACUUAUCAUCCAUCUCCGUUAAUGAGAGCCAUUGCUAAUCUCCUCAUUGUCAUGCCUGUGGAGUGAGGUCAUUAUUCAGUAUGUUAUCGAGUCCAUUUGUGGGGAACCAUCACUGAUGGAGCCCAUUAUAUGUUCUUCACAUCAGAGCAUGUGUAGCAUCAAUGCGCUAACCAUUUGAUUUUUUUCUACUUCCUUGAAUAUAAUCUUUUUUUUCUUGUGUUUCAGCUUUACACUGCUGGUUUCGGCAUCCUGUCAUGUGAUUUCCUUUUUUGGUUCUUAUUUCUCAUUUUGGCAGCUACUACUGCCUUCUCCUAAUCUGGAUUAUCAGAGUGAGUGCAGACCUCGCAUUUGGCGGACGAGGUAGUAUUUUCGAUCAAAUGGAAGACUGCGUCCCUGAAAAGUCUGAGGCUCUUUCAGAUGACGGCUCUCCAGUCACCUGGCCAUCGGAAUGUGAUUACUAUAACACAGAAAUCUACGAUCUGUUGCCCAGCAGCCAGGCUGGCCAAUCAGAACUGUCGUCGCACGAUGGUCCCGACGGGCACUCAUCCCGACAACCCAGAGAAAAGACAAGUCAGCAGCCCCUCAAGAAUCUGCCCGUCUGCCUUCAACGAAAGAGAGAAAUCAGGGACAGGCGUACCCAAAAUAUAGACGCCUGGGAGUCCUGGAAGAGCAGCAAGGGGAGGAGAAGAUGGGCACAAAUGAGAGGUGUCCUAAAAAGUCUGUUGCCAUGGCAGCAAAUGCUUCAUACCAUCGAAGGCAGGUUCGGAGUGGGCGUGAAGGCCUACUUUGUUUUCCUCAGAUAUCUGGUUUACUUGAACAUGCUCAACUGUGCUCUUGUUUGGACCUUCAUUUUGGGACCGACCGUAUACUAUGGCAGGAGCAACAACAGUGAAGCAUUGGUGUUUGGUAGUAAUGACUCCUUUCUGGAUUUCUUUUUGGGAUCCGGCUUUCUGGCCCGCUCUCCGCUCUACUUUGACUACUACACCCGUGGCGCCCUGGACUCACCCUGUGUGAACACACCACAAUUGUACGUCGCUGGGAUCCUCAGCAUCCUUCUGAUCAGUCUGAUCAUGGCAGUCCGUAGAACUGCUGUCGGGUACAAGCACAAUUGGAUUCUAGGAAGUCAAUACAGAAUGAACGUGAGCUUCAGGAUCUUCUGCGGGUGGGACUUCAACAUCAAGGAGCCCGACUCUGCCGAGCGAAAACACAGCUUCAUUCGAAAUGGACUUAAGCUUCUUCUGCUGGAGCAGAGUUUCCAUUUCUCCAUCAGUCAGAGGACACUUGGGCGCCGUGUUUGUAUCCACUUCCUCAGGUCCCUCCUCAACAUAAUCGUCCUGUUACUAUUGGCUGGGUCCUUCUACUUAAUCUACAAAGCCAUAGAAAUAUCGAAGAAAAAGGGACUGGAGGACCAGUACUGGUUUGUCAGACUUCCAUUCCAGUACCUGCCUCCCAUCACCAUCACCUCUGUCAACCUAAUCCUGCCUCUUAUCUUCCGGAAGAUCGCUGCGUUUGAAGAAUACUCUUUCACGACUCAGGUCAACGUAACUCUGGUCAGGAGCAUCGUGUUAAAGUUAACAUCUCUGGGGAUCUACUUAUACUUUGUCAUUACUGGAAGCCCUCAACACAGGGAGGACCAUUUUGGUCAGGAGAUGUACAAACUCUGUGUCUUCAGCUUCCUCACCACAGUUUGCAAAGCCUUCCUCCUGAGCUUCCCCAAGAAGUUGAUGGUUGAAAAGUACCCCUCUUCUUGUCUGGCCCGGAUGUUGGGGGAGCAAUAUUUUGAGAUUCCUUUCAACGUGCUGGACCUGGUUUAUGCGCAGACGGUGUCUUGGGUGGGAGUGUACUUCUGCCCUCUGCUGCCUCUCAUCAGCACCUUCACCCUGAUGUUGACCAUCUACGUCAAAAAGUUCACAGUCCUGCGCUGCUGUGUGGCUGAGAAGAGGCUGUUCCGAGCCUCUAACUCAUCAGUUCUCUUCCACUUCAUGCUGUUGCUGGGGGUCCUGAUGGCUGCGACCACGCUGAUCUUCAACUUUCACCUCCAAGAAUCAAAUAACGCCACUGCACGUGGGCCUUUCAGAACCGGAGAAACUCUGUUUAGUGUGGCCAAUGUGUGUGUGACCAGUCUGCCCACACAUGCUCAGUCAGCUAUUUACUAUUUCAGCUCACAAGCCUUUGCUCUGCCGCUGCUGCUCAUUGAGAUUAUGAUCUUGAUCUGGUUUGUGUCUCUGGGGAGAAACAACAGAAGAGCCAUUGAGAGUCUUAAAAACGUGUUAGCUUCGAGCAGUUCAGACAAGCGCUUCCUGGUGAACAAAAAUAUGACAACGUUCAAAGAAGAAAAGAAGCCCAGACCCAGGAAGAGAUCGAAAAGCAAGAUUUCAGAUGCAAACCUCGACCAAACUUUACAGUCUGUAGAGCGACUUUAAAUGGAAACAUAAACAUGAUGCUUUUUAAAUUUGGCUUUAAUGCUCGAAUAUCAUUCAAAUAUAACCAAAUAAAUGUGUUUUUACACACAUUUUGUUGGCUUUUCAUUGAUAUACUUGCAAGUAACUUAGUUUUUAAUUUCUAUCUCUAUCAAGUUUUUUUGUUUUGGACACACUGCAUCAAAGCAAAACACACAUGUCGAUGUGUUAUCUAGAUGCAACACACGUGUGACACCCACAGAUGAUACGCACAUAGAAACGCUCAUAGCUCAUGUCAGUAAUACACAUAGACUGCAGUUAUGAAGAAUAUUGUUCUCUAUUUGUUGCCAAUUUUGGGUGAGUCAAUAGUUUCAGUUGAGCUCAAACAUGUGUCAUUUGACUGAUUUAUUUGUUCUUUUUUUGCAGCAUUGGCUAAUUUCCUCAUUGGAAUAUGUAAGUUUUUUAAAGUUAAGUUUUCUUAAAAUACAUUCAACACAACACCUCUCACA